UCCUUCCCAUCUCACCGGCAAAAGACUUCAGAAACUCCUCCCCUCUCAACCCCCUACCCUCCACCCUCUCUCUCGCUUUCUCUCUCUCUCUCUCUCGAAGCUCUACACAGUAUAUGGACAAACCCGGCGGCGGUGGCGGUGGCGGUGGCGGUGGUCUCACGUCGAACGCGAAUUCAGCUUCUCUCGGAUUCUUUACCGCCGCAGACCCCGGCCGGAUCUUCUUCCACUCCCGACCGCACUCCAUGGACACCGGCAGCUUCGAUCCCCCAAAAUCCGUGGAGAUGGAUUUCUUCUCCAACGAGAAGAAGAAGUCGAGCCGCGGCGCCGCGGCGGAGCCCGAUCUCGGUCUCAAGGUGCCGGGCCUCGCCAUCAAGAAGGAAGAUCUCACCAUCAAUACUGGCCUGCAGCUUCUGACGGCGAACACGAAGAGCGACCAGUCGACGGUGGACGACGGGAUUUAUCCGAACGAGGAAGAUAAAGAAGAAAAGAGCGAGUUGGCGGCGAUGCAGGCGGAGCUCGGUCGGAUGAACGAAGAGAACCAGAAACUUAGGGGGAUGCUGAACCAAGUGACCUCCAACUACAAUGCCCUUCAGAUGCAUCUCUUCACACUGCUUCAACAAAGAAACCAAAAAAAUGUCGGAAACCAAUCGUCCCAUGAGGCUGUGGAUGAGAAGAUGGAAAGUGGAGCGAUGGUGCCGCGGCAGUUCAUGGACUUGGGUCCCGCCGUGGCAGAUCACGCGACCGAUGAGGCCUCAAACUCCUCGACCGAAGGCGGCAGUCUGGACCGGUCCACGUCGCCGACUACUAAUAAGGAGGUUGCCGCCAUCGACAACGAAAGAGCCGCGAGGGAAGACAGCCCCGACGACGGCUGGAUCCCGAACAAGAACCCGAAGAUGGCCCCACCGAAGGGGCCGGAACAACAAGCCCAAGAAGCCACCAUGAGGAAAGCUCGCGUCUCGGUCCGCGCUCGCUCCGAAGCCCCCAUGAUCACUGAUGGUUGUCAAUGGAGAAAAUACGGGCAAAAAAUGGCCAAAGGAAACCCUUGUCCUCGGGCUUAUUACCGAUGCACCAUGGCUACAGGCUGCCCCGUCCGUAAACAGGUUCAGAGGUGCGCCGAGGACCGGUCGAUCUUGAUCACAACGUACGAGGGCAACCACAACCACCCGCUCCCGCCGGCGGCGAUGGCGAUGGCAUCAACCACGUCCGCAGCCGCGACGAUGCUGCUUUCGGGUUCCAUGUCGAGCUCCGCUGGGCUGAUGAACCCCAACUUCCUCGCCCGGACGAUACUGCCGUGCUCGACGAGCAUGGCCACGAUCUCGGCGUCGGCGCCGUUCCCCACCGUCACGUUGGACCUGACCCAGACCCCGAACAACCAGCUUCACCAGCUGCAGCGGCCCCUGGCGCAAUUCGGAGUUCCGUUGAUCCCCAGCGGCGCUGCCGCGGGGCCGGCCGCGCCUUUCGGGGCGGCAAUCCCUCAGGUGAUCGGGCAGGCGCUGUACAACCAAUCCAAAUUGGCCGGCCUUCACAUGUCGGGCGACGCAGUCCCCACGGCGGUGGCUCCCCCGGCCUCGCUUGCUGAUACGGUCACGGCAGCGACGGCAGCCAUAACGGCGGAUCCUAACUUCACCGCCGCUCUCGCCGCGGCCAUCGCGUCGAUCAUCGGCGGUGCCCAUCAAACAGGCAACAAUAAUAACGCUAAUAAUAAUAACGCUAUCAAUCAUAACAGCAAUAAUAAUAAUAAUAAUAAUAGCACCAGCAGCGGCAGCGGCGGCGGAGGCGUGCCGACAAACUCCAACUUCCCGGCGACAUAAACAAGGGGGGCCGUCAAUAAUCAAUCAUCUCUUCUUAAUUUUCUCUAUAAAUCUUAUAGCCAUAUUAUUCUUUUGUUCUGUGGAGAUAAUUUGGUUCCAUAUUUUUCAUUUUCGUUGAUGAUAUUUCCCAAUUUUGGGAUGUGGGAUAAGGACAAAACUCGCAUUCUUUGUUUUUUUUUUUUUUU